CAUUAGAACUAAGUUCAAAUAACCUUGAGCUUUAAAUCCUUUCUCCUUUCUUUCUCCUACUUUCAUCCUUCCACUACCAAGACCAAAUUCAGCUGAAUUUGGUCUCAUGGUAUAUAGGUUUUAAUUGCAACCUAAAGUAACCUGCCUGUGUUACUUUUUUUUUUAUCUUUUAAGAGAAAAAUUUGCACUAAGCAAUUAAGAAGACAUUCUUACCAUCAUGGACAAGAUAACAAGGUUGGUAUCGGAAAAGGGAGUAGUAAUAUUCAGCAAGAGUUCAUGUUGCCUGUGUUAUGCAGUCAUCAUUUUAUUUCAGGAACUUGGAGUGAACCCAGUAGUUUGUGAGAUCGACCAGGAUCCUGAAGGCAGGGAAAUGGAGAAAGCUCUGACAAGAUUGGGGUGUAACGCACCCGUACCAGCCGUGUUCAUUGCUGGGAAGCUGGUUGGAUCCACCAAUGAAGUCAUGUCUCUUCACCUAAGUGGCAGUUUGAUUCCACUUCUCAAGCCUUAUCAGUAGGCUUUGUCUUAAAUCAUAUACUUGAAUAUCACAUUGAAGAAUAAAUUUGGCAGCAAUUGGUAGUUUAGUGUGCUCUGUGUUGUGUAGUCUAUGUAGCUUGUUAUGUCUCAAGUACUUAAUAUAUAGAUUUGGAAUAGCUAUAGCAUGUAAUUGUAUUGUGUUGCCUUUCUUAAUGAAGUUCAGCUUUAUGUA